CCACGUGCUCACCACGUUGUCACUUUGUCUCCCCAUAGAAUUUCCGAACACACACAAACCCCCGAAAAGACAAUCAUAUCAGUAGACAUUCCUAUACAUUACUACUAAAAUCUCAAAACCCUAGCUCAAACGCCUCCAUUUUCAAGAACGCAAAGCUUUCUGGUAAGAGUUGAUAAGUAUGUCGGAUGACGAGAGAGAAGAGAAGGAGUUGGAUCUGACAAGUCCUGAGGUUGUUACUAAGUAUAAGGGUGCUGCUGAAAUUGUCAACAAGGCUCUGCAGUUGGUGGUGUCUGAAUGCAAGCCAAAAGCAAAGAUAGUUGAUCUUUGUGAAAAAGGAGAUGCCUUUAUCAAAGAGCAAACAGGGAAUAUGUACAAGAAUGUGAAGAAGAAAAUUGAGAGGGGUGUCGCAUUCCCAACUUGCAUUUCAGUUAACAAUACUGUCUGCCAUUUUUCUCCACUAUCUAGUGAUGAGACAGUAUUGGAGGAAGGUGAUAUGGUGAAGUUUGAUAUGGGGUGUCAUAUUGAUGGCUUUAUUGCUGUAGUUGCUCAUACACAUGUACUCCAGGGAGGACCUAUUACUGGUAGAGCUGCUCAUGUUCUUGCAGCAGCUAAUACAGCUGCUGAAGUUGCUCUGAGGCUUGUAAGACCAGGAAAGAAGAACUCAGAUGUAACAGAAGCUAUUCAGAAAGUUGCUGCAGCAUAUGACUGCAAGAUCGUUGAAGGUGUUUUGAGCCAUCAAAUGAAACAGUUUGUGAUUGACGGAAACAAAGUUGUCUUAAGUGUGUCCAAUCCUGAUACCAGAGUAGAUGAUGCUGAAUUUGAGGAGAACGAAGUCUAUUCAAUUGACAUUGUUACAAGCACUGGUGAAGGAAAGCCAAAGUUGUUGGAUGAGAAACAAACAACCAUCUACAAGAGAGCUGUGGAUAAAAGCUACAACCUGAAGAUGAAAGCAUCAAGGUUUAUCUUCAGUGAAAUCAGUCAGAAGUUCCCUAUCAUGCCAUUUACGGCAAGGGAUUUGGAGGAGAAAAGAGCUCGUUUGGGACUAGUUGAAUGUGUUAACCAUGAUCUUUUGCAGCCGUAUCCCGUUCUACAUGAGAAACCUGGUGAUUUGGUUGCUCACAUAAAAUUCACAGUGCUAUUGAUGCCUAACGGGUCAGAUAGGAUCACUUCUCAUGCUCUCCAAGAGGUGACACCUGCGAAGUCAAUAGACGAUGAACCUGAAAUCAAGACCUGGCUAGCCCUUCCCGUAAAGACCAAGAAGAAAGGUGGCGGCAAGAAAAAGAAAGGUAAGAAAAGUGAGAAAGAAGAGUCAUCUCAAGCUGAGCGUAUGGAAGGAGAAUCAAAUGUUGCUGAAUCUUGAUUUCCAAUUCCAACAACUAUUUGGUUCAUUGAUAUUUAAUUUAGGGAAGGAGAAUCAAAUGUUGCUGAAUCUUGAUUUCCAAUUCCAACAACUAUUUGGUUCAUUGAUAUUUAAUGUGGGAUUAUUGAGGCGGUCUUGGAUCUUUCUUGCGGCCUUUUGCUAUGUACAAGAAAGGCAUGGGCAGUUAUUGUAUUGUCCUUGUCCUGAGACUUAUGCCAUGUUAAAAAUUAUCCUGUGGGGUUUCCAAUGCCAUAAUGCUCUAUUAUGCAAAGCUUCAA